AUGAAACUUCUGGCUUCCUUCCUUCUCCUUCUGGUCUUUGCCUAUGCCACGCAAGACGCACCUCCCUACGGCCCAAGCCAGUUCAGUAAUAUCGGCACGAUCAAUGAUCUCACAGUCACGGAUCCGUCAGACCUCUUCUCAGGUGGAACGAUCACUGUUGAUGGUAUUUCUAUGAUCAUACCAAACAAUUCCUAUGUCACCCUCCCUUCAAUCUCAGUGAUGUGGUCAGAGCUCUUUGUCGGUGGUGCUCCACAGCUUCCACAAUUUGGGGCUCCUGGAGUUAGCUGGGAAGCCACCGUGUAUGGCAACCGCAUUGGUGACAUUUACGUUGUUGCCCUUGUCUAUAUAACCCAGUCUUCAGUCAGAAUUAUCCAAGGCUUCGUUAAUGCUAUUGAUCUUGGAACUGGCGAGUUUUGGGUGGCGGGGACCUCUGCUGCUCCAGGAACUGGCAUCAGAGCGCGCCUAAACGACCCUGUUGGACGAUAUGGUCUUGAAUACCUUGAUCAUCCACUCUGGACUGUCGAUGCCGAAAGUCCAUCAGUUACAGCAGCAACAGGAUUCCCCCUUUGCAUUCCUCGGUAUGCCAACGGGACAGACGACCCUCUUUGCCCACUGAAGAACCGAGUCAUCAAUGGUGGAGUACCAACCUUCAUCCAAUUCAAGACAGCCGCCACCCGUUCGACAACAGACCCAGAUCCGAAUGUCAUGGCACCAUUGAUGGUUGGUGACUAUAUUACCAUCAACGGCAUUGAAGUCGGUGACGGCCUAUUGGCGGUAUACUCUCUCGUAGCCAAUCUUGGCUUAUACACAGCCCCCCGAGAAACUCGUAAGUGCAAUGUGCCUUUGCUCUAG